AUGCGUCUUCUUGCUUUAGCAUCAACUUUACUCACUGCUCUUGCAGCGGUGACCACUGGUUCAUUUCUAUCUCCUAGAAAAGAGAUAGCAUUGUGUCUUUGCGAAGACGAAGCAUGGGAUAUCACAAGACGGUGGCUCAGCGUCUUCUCAACCCCUGGCGUUUCUAGCAAGGCGGAGCUAGCGACCAUCGUUUCUCAAAAUCUCACGAGCUACGACGACGCAUUUGGGCCUCCAACUAUCGGCAUCGAUGGACUCUGGGCCGCCCUGACAGCACCUGGCAACGCGACGACAGCCAACGUGACGCAGACGCCUAACUUUAUGCUCCAUGCAUGCGACCAGAUUGCGUACAACUGGCAGUACACCGCCGUUACGACUGGUUAUAACUCAACGGUACCGGCUGGAACGCCAGUUGCGUUUACCGGAAAUGAUAUCAUCCGAAUUGAUCUAGCGACAAGGCUGAUAUCUAAUGCCACUUCCGUUGGAAAUUGGAUUGUACUUGCCCAGCAACUGGGAGACUUGAAUCUUGCAAAGCAACAUGGAAAGAAACUUUCAUCUAAUCAGACCCUGAAACAAUCCUGA